ACGUUCCUUUCGACAGUCAGACGGAUUUGCAGUAUUUGGAUACAGACAGUGAAGCAGAGUGGGAAUACUCAUCAAUACCCAGAAUUCAAUAACAAACAUGAGAGGUUUUAUACUCUUUGCGAUUUUAGUAAUUGCACAUGCUCACAGCAGUAUUGCGGCCCUGGUCAUAAAGGGACCAGACAAGCCUGUUCUGGAGAARGAUGAAGURACCCUGGAAUGUCUGCUUUCUGACUCGGAGCUCAACACCAGCCAAGUCCACUUUGAGAAGUUUUCCAAGUACAUGAAUAAGUGGUAUCGGCUGGAGGAGGAGCCCAUGUACCGCCAAUGUAUCCCUGGUGUUAUCUUGAGGCGUGAGGCGAGCCAACUGCUUCUGUCCAUCCGCAGCAUCCACAGCUACUUCCACCAGGGACUCUACCGCUGUGUCGCAGACAAUGCCACGGCAACCGACAACUCCUCCCAGCCCCUGGCUAUCACCAUCAACUACAUGCGUGAGCUGUCUGUGUACGAUGUGUCCUCCUCCAGCCGGAAGUUCAUCAAGGAAAACCUGCUUGUGACACUAGGCGACGACGUGGAGGUGGAGUGCUCCACCACAGCCUCUGAGGCACCACAAUACUUCUGGCAGAAAUAUGUGAGUUUGGGUCUGUCAGGAUCUGGCCUUCUAUCGCUCGAUCUCUCACCCUCUAUCCCGCUCCUCUUUCUCUCUCAGCACCAUAAGAGGAGCUCAGUAUUCAUUGUUAUUUCCUGGUUUGGGCCCUCCUCAUUCUGGAGAGCAGCUUGCCCACUUACAGAGGAUUAAUAGUUUAAUGAGGUC